AUGGGCAAAUGAUAUAUAACAUCAAUAAAUGGAUGUAGACUACGUUGACAUGGCAAGACGGUAAGAAUUCACAUUCUUGUGGUUGCCGUUGAGAUUACAUGAUAAGACGAAGUUGGAAUUAGGAAAUCUGGUCAACCUGGAGACAUUGGAGUGUUUCUCCACAAAACAUGGGAGAGUGACAGAUCUAAAGGGUAUGACACGGCUCAGAUCUCUCUCUAUCUAUAUUGGAGACCAGAGAGGACCCAAUGCCGAUUCUAGAGAAGUUGCUUCACUUGAAAGAGAUUAGGUUAUGGAGUAAGUCUUUCUGUGGGAGGAGAAUGGAUUGCUCAAGGGAUGGGUUUCCUCAAUUGCAGAAGCUAAGAUUUGAUGGAUUAGAGGAGUGGGAAGAGUGGAUAGUAGAAGAAGGCUCUAUGCCCCUUCUCUGUACUCUCUGGAUUUACGGAUGCAGAAAAUUAAAGGAGAUUCCUGAUGGGCUGCGAUUCAUCACUAACUUGGAGGAUCUGAUUGUUUAUGAUGUGGGAGAUGAAUUCGAUUUGAGAUUGUCGGAAGGAUACUUGCUUUCUCACCUUACAACCAUAUCUCUAAGUCGUUGUCGUUUGACAGAGGACCCAAUGCCUAUUUUAGAGAAGCUUCUUCACUUGAAAGAGAUUAGUUUACUUGAUCGAUCUUUCAGUGGGAGGAGAAUGGUUUGCUCGAGGGAUGGGUUUCCUCAAUUGCAGAAGCUAAAAUUUUAUGGAUUAAAGGAGUGGGAAGAGUGGAUAGUAGAAGAAGGUUCCAUGCCCCUUCUCUAUACUCUUGAUAUUUGGUCUUGCAGAGAAUUAAAGGAGAUUCCGUUCCGAUUCAUCACUUCCUUGCACGAUCUUGCUGUUGGUCAAUCAAGUAUUAGAUUGUUGGAAACCUGCUUGCCUUCUUUCCUUACAACCAUAUCUCUAAUUGAUUUUCGUUUGACAGAGGAUCAGAUGAUGAUUCUAGAGAAGUUGCUUCACUUGAAAGAUGUUCAGUUAAAUCGUUGUUUCUGUGGGGGAAGAAUGGUUUGCUCGAGGGGUGGGUUUCCUCAAUUGAAGAAUCUAAAAUUUAAGAGAUUAGAGGAGUGGGAAGAGUGGAUAAUAGAAGAAGGCUCCAUGCCUCUUCUCCAUACUCUCGAAAUUGAAUCUUGUCCAAAGUUAAAGGAGCUUCCUGAUGGGCUGCGAUUCAUCACUUCUUUGAAGAGUCUGACCUUUUAUAAUAUGGGAAAGAGAUGGGAGAAGAGACUGGCGAACGGAGGAAAAGAUUAUUACAAAGUCCAACACAUCCCUUCUGUUAGAUAGCAGCUGAAGGAGACUCUCAGCAAUUACGGACUAUCAGUGGCAAACAGAUAUUUUACAACUGAAACGUACUCGCACACACGAGGAGUGGAUGACGCGGUGAAGCUGUUCGACGAAGUGUCUAACUGAGGACACUUGAUCUCCUGCACUGCUUUAAGUUUGUCUAUAGAGAUAGAGAGGUUUAUUUUUUGAAAGUGAAGCUGUUCGAGGAAGGUUCUCAUGUAACCUUUGUUGACUGAAAGAGGUGAAAUAUGUUAAGAUUCUUAUAUUAGUAUAGAACUGCGUUCAACUAGAUAUUGAGAUAUGUAUUAAGGGAGGUGAGCACUGAGCUUGUUUCAUUUGAAAUAAAUGUUUAUUUUCUCACU